AUGGAGCCUGUGGGAUUUGCACAUUUACGUACUGAAGAAGCUUCAGCUGAUGUUAUCCCAGCACGUUCGAACAGAAAGUACAAAAAAGCAGAUUUGGAUAUAUCCAAGUUGACAAAAUUACGAGCCCUUACGCUUCGGCGAUUGUAUUAUCCUGUAAAUAUGCCUGUUUCUCGUUACCAGAAAAAGCUGGUCAUGGAUUCGUUGUAUAACAAUAUUUUGAUAGCACUGCCGAAAGAGCUGGAUGUUUCGUUUGUUGCCGCUGUAAUAAUGUUAAAUUUCCGAAGGUUGACAAAAUUACGGGCGCUUACGCUUCGGCGAUUGUAUUAUCCUGUAAAUAUGCCUGUUUGUCGUUACCAGAAGAAGCUGGUCAUGGAUUCGUUGUAUAACAAUAUUUUGAUAGCAUUACCGAAAGAGCUGGAUGUUUCGUUUGUUGCCGCUGUAGUAAUGUCAAAUUUUCGAAGAUGGUUUCCGGCACAAAAACUGCUCUGUAUAUGCGCAAAUGUUGAUUCAUCUGUAAAUGCGGCAAAACGUUUCAUGGAAGUAACGGGUUGUUCUGUUCAGGAUGUUUGCAUUUAUGGAAAUUUGAAAAAAUCAGAAAGAUUUCUGGAAAAUAUUGGCGAAGAUAUCAUUUUUGCUACAGCUGAGAAUCUUGUGGCCGAUGCAAAAAAUGAAAAAGCACUGCGAGAAGUGUGCUUGGUGGUGGUGGAGGAUGCACAUCGUGCUAUUUCUGGCUCUCAUCCAGUAUGCGAACUCAUUCGAAAUUGUAUUUUUGCACAGGCAAGAUUUCGAGUGUUAGCUUAUACGGAUUGUAGAAUUGAAAAAGUUGGCCAACUUCAAUUGAUUGUAAUGAAUUUACAAAUCGAUCUGAUCCGAUCAUUGAAUUCAAUCAAAAAUGAAGUUUCGUUAGCACUUGCUUCACCACGCAUGAUGAAAGUGUAUGUUCCGAUCAACGACGAUAUGCAUCGCAUUGCGAAAGAAAUGAUCAAGGUAUGA